AUGCAGUUUACCAUCGCUACCAUCGUGCUCGCCGCCAUGCUCCCGGCCGCGCUGGCAGCCAAUUGCCAGAACAGCGGCGGCGUCGCUAAUGGCGAAUGUGUCAAAUUCUACUCGAACGACCAGUGCAAGGGUGGUGCAAUCGGGAGCUACAAGCCGACGUGCGAAGGCAACUGCUUCCAAGGCAGCUUCAGCAGCGUGGAGGUCUCAGGCGAUGGCACCUACGGUACGGACUGCACCAUCUACUCCGACUCGAAUUGCAACAAUGAGCAAACUGAAACCGGAAACUCCGUUGCUGGAGCUGGCAAGUGCGGUUCCUCGCCCAAUGCCGGGAGCAUGAAGUGCUACUACCGCUGCUGA